AUGAGUUAAUUAACAACAAACAAAGGAAAUAUCUAUGAUGAAAAUGCCAUGACAGAUUAAAAAGGGAAGAUCAAAUCAUAAACUUUAUAAGUCUUUGUAUCACCAAAUGAGCAACCGACACUUUUGAGUUAGAAUUUUGUAUAUGAUGGAUUCAAUACUCCAAAAAUCCCAUGUUUGUAUCAUAAGGGGAAUAUUUUAACCAACUUUUGUUCAUGCAUUCACUGUUUGCUUCCAUUAUGUCCACAAUGUGUAGAAGAGCAUAUUAUAAAACAUAAGGUAGAAUAGACUGCAAAUAAAAUUGAAUGUUUAGAAAAUGUCCUUAAUACUGUGUAUAAAAAUAUUGUUCAAGAAAGUUUAAAUAUAAUCCUAAUUUAAAUAGCUAAUUUCUUUGCCAAAAGUUACUUUGAUUUGAAAAACAAUGUAGAUAGUAUGACUUUUGCAACUGAUAAUACAAUCAAUAAAUUACUUGAUAUUUAAACUCGUAUAAUUAGAGUCGUAGAACAAUUCUUCAAGUCUUUGAUUAAUGAUGUUCAAAAUAAGCAAAAAAAGAAUUAAUAAAAUUAAGAGAAGGAUGCUGAAUCACUCAAACAGUUGGUGUAAUAAAGAUGGUCAUCCCAUGUUACAUUUUUGGAAACUUUGAAUUCUGAAAGUAGUAUGACAUCAGUCAUUCAAUUUUUUGGUACAUCUUUAAUUGAAGACAAUCAGAAAUAUUUCAAUAUCUUGGAUGAAUACUCAAACAGAUUUGAAUAGAUUACAUCAGACAUCAUUUUCCAUUAAGAAAAAGCGUAAUUCAUAAUGAUUAUAUCGUAUAGAAUAGAAAUUGCUGCUCAUUUAAGUCACAUAAUCAAGAUUAGACAUAAUGAUGUACCAGAAUUCAUUAAAAUCCACACUCUACCAAGUCCUAAUAUUUCAGAUGCUGUCUCCUUCCAUUCCAAGGCUCCUAGUCAUAUCAAACCUUCAUAACCCCUAUACCCAUCAAUCUAGUAGUCAGCCUUCACUCCCCCCUAACAUGUCAUCACAGGAGCCACGAGAAUACUCGACAGUGGCACAUUUUACACAGACAAACGUUACACAGACUCAUUGAAUAGGCUUCCAUAGUAUUAAAUGAGAUGA